AUGACAUCGGUCCAAAAUAUUGCUGAAAACUUUCGGUGCCUAGACAGGAUUGUUCCAUCUCAAUCACAAUUAAAUUGGGCGAUGCAGGGCACGAAUAGUACGGAACUAGUCUCAGGGGUCAGACAACUCCCUCUCGAAGUCGCGCAACUAUUGCUGGCCAGUACGCCUGAUGUUCAAUCCCUACGAUCCCUCGCAGUGAGCUCCCCCACCUUCUACAAGGCGUUUGUCGGAGCUCAAGAUCUAAUCAUCAAGGCUGUCCUUCACAAUGAGUUUGGACCAGAUGUCUUACCUCAUGCUCAGGCAGCACAACGGAGCGUUGAUCUUGGGCUUUUCGAGAAUCGAUUUGAGGAGGAGAAGGUGACUUUCUGGUCGCUCCUAGACAACAAAGCUAUGUCGAGAGUAUAUCCAUGGCAAUUCCAAGACUCUCUUCAUUUGAGUGAGAUUCGCUCUCCUGUCGAAUACUUCGUCCAGCAAUAUUCAGUCAAUAUCUGCAAGAGUCUAGAUUUCAAAAUUAAGAGCCUACGGCGAAAAGAGUUGGAUCGGAUCAGGAGGACUUUAUACCGUAUAGAAACCUACUGUAACCUGUACGGCGGGCAUCGUCGUCUUAGGCCGUCUCUUGAAGAGCUUCAAGCUCUUUCCAUAAACCAGUUGGCGCCGUGGGAGGUUGAACAAAUGGUGUCUGUGCAAGACUUCCUAUUCUCGAGAUUAGCUGAAGCAUUCACCGACUUAGCAAGACACGACAUAGAGUUAGCUUACAGGAUGUUAGACUUAGAUUGGUUAGUCGACUCAUGGCUCAGCCUAAUUUACAAAGACCAUCAACUUUCUCGAGGACUUAGCUUUCUCCAGCAGCUGGAUCAAACCACGUCGUUUGAAGGACGAGUCAAUUUGUUAUCACCAGUGCGAAGACAUGAUGCUAGUUUUCUCUGUCCUGUCUUCGCCCUCGGACGAUGGAUCGAGUAUAUCAAGCAGCCCUUAAGAGAAUACUCCGAUGACGACCUCCUCAGUAACCUUUCUACACGCUACACCGCCUGGGACGACACCGCCCCUUUUGUAGCAUGGAAAUGGGCCCACGCAGACGCACCAGUGUAUCCUGGUAGUGCGGCUGCAACUCCGCACCUCUACGGUUCGCCUACUCCGCACCUAUACGGUACACCUAAUUCUCAGAAGCUGCGAGAGAAAGGCUAUGUCUUUCUAGACCUCGACCGAGUCCACAGUCUCUUCACAGAUUCGAACCCUUGCCCAUGGUAUGCUGUAGAGGCAUACGGAGACGUGGAUGUGGGAAAGUGGCGGAAAGAGAUGAGAUCGAAGAAGAGAAGACAGGAGCUCUUCGGGAAAGGAUGGAGGGGCUAUUGGAGCGAGGAGGAUCAGAGCAGGAUCGUUUGGCAUACGGAGUACAAGACGAAGGAAUACGUUUCCGAAUAA